AUGUACAUCGGCUUGCUGUUUAAAGACAUUCUGCGGGCCGGAAAGCGAGCGAAAAGACAGGAGUUCAGACUUUUGGAAGAAGCCGAUAGCGAAAAAAAGGAGUCAAGGACUCAAGACAAGGAGACGCGGGGCAAGGAGGGCUUCGAGGGGCACGUGAAGACCACCUUGCGUUGGCUCAAUGCCAGCGUGGACCAGAGGCUGAGCGGAGGAUUCUGGGAAUGCGGGAGAAACGCGAGGGCGAAGCCAGCGGAGGUCAAUAUGGUCCUCGGGUUUGGGAGAAAGCAAGAGGACGAUAUCUGCGAAAUCAAUUUGUUGCAACAGAAACGAAUCCAGGAGCUCCCGCUGCUUUGUUCCGCACAGAAGAACCGCGUGAGGACGCUUAAAAAGUUAUUGGCGUGUAAAUCCACCGACCGCUUCCAGAGAGGAGCCGUCGGGGAGACCGCGUUACACCUGGCCGUCCUGUAUGACAACGUCGAAGCGGUGAAGGUCCUCUUAGAAGAAGCCCCUGAUCUGGUUAACCAACCCAUGGCUUCCGAGUUAUAUGAAGGCCAGACUGCUUUGCACAUCGCCGUGAUGCGUCAGAACGUAGCGAUCGCCCAGGAGCUGAUCGACAAAGGAGCGGACGUGUCUACUGCACGGGCCGUGGGGACUUUCUUCAAACUGAAGCCCACCAACUCUUUCUAUUACGGAGAACACGUUCUGUCGUUCGCUGCCUGCGUGGGGAAUGCUGAGCUUGUUCGGUUAUUACUUCGGCACGGAGCAGAUCCAGAGGCCAAAGACUCGCUGGGUAACACCGUCCUUCACAUUCUGGCGUUUCAGCCGCACAAGAUGGCCGCCUGUCAAAUGUAUGACCUCAUCCUGGCCUAUCACAAAGAGAAAGUAGGACCAGGAUUAGAGGACAUCUGCAACAAUGACGGUCUCACGCCUCUAAAGAUGGCUGCCGGAGAGGGUAACACCGUGAUGUUUCAGCAUCUGGUUCAGAAGAGAAGACAGAUCCAAUGGACCUUUGGCCCUAUUAGCUGUUACCUUUAUGACCUGACUGAGAUUGACACGUGGGGGGACCCCAAGUCUGUCCUCAAUCUUGUGGUUUCUGGAGAAAAGAAAGAGGCGCGUCGGAUUCUGGACCUCUCCCCGGUGAAGGAGCUGGUUAAUAGGAAGUGGCAGAGGUUUGGCCGGCCCUAUUUCUGGUCGUUGGCGGUCCUCUACAUCCUAUACAUGGCCUGCGUCUCUUUCUGUUGUGUCAACCGGCCUCUAAAAUCCAAAACCGAAAAUUCCACGAACCCCAGGGACAUCACGAUAUUUGUGCAAAAACCCCUAAAGGAAGCCUAUUCCACACCUGAAGACCUCGCCCGUCUCGGUGGGGAAAUGAUCAGUGUUAUCGGGGCAAUAAUAAUUCUGCUGCUGAAGAUCCCUGACUUGCUGCAGAUAAAAAAUGCUAGGUACCUUACGCAAGCUGUCCAGGGUGGGCCGUUCACCAUUAUUAUCAUCUCCUUUCCUUGCCUGAUCCUGGUGACCCUUAUCUUGAGACUCACUAACACAGACGGAGAGGUGGUCCCCAUGUCCAUGGUGUUGGUUCUCGGAUGGUGCUACGUCAUGUACUUUGCCCGAGGUUUCCAGAUGCUCGGACCUUUCACCAUCAUGAUUCACAAAAUGAUUUUCGGGGACCUGUUGCGGUUCUGCUGGUUAAUGGCUGUUGUCAUAUUUGGCUUUGCUACCGCUUUUUAUAUCAUAUUCCAGACGGAGGAUGCGUCCAAGCUGGGGCAUUUCUACAGCUACCCCAUGUCUCUCUUCAGCACCUUUGAGCUUUUCUUGAAUGUCAUCAACUCCCCGACAAAUUAUGAUGUGGACCUCCCUUACAUUUUCAGUAUUAUCUACUUCACCUUUACGGUCAUCGCAAACCUGUUGAUGCUGAACCUCCUGAUUGCUAUGAUGGGGGACACGCACUGGCGGGUGGCGCAAGAGCGGGAUGAGCUGUGGAGAGCACAGGUCGCAGCCACCACCGUGAUGCUGGAGAGAAAACUUCCACAUUGCCUAUGGCGACGAUCGGGUGUCUGUGGCAGAGAAUAUGGACUGGGGGAUCGCUGGUACCUCCGAGUGGUGGCCAGGAGGGACCUCAGCCAGCAGAAGAUUCGCCGUUACGUCGAGGCGUUCCAAGGUCCGGAAAACGAACACCAGAAACAUAAACCUGAGAAGCCUCAUGCCAGGAAUAUCCAUUUGACCAAGGGGAUAAUCUGCAGCGUCCCAGGGAAUCUCCCAACCUUUGAGUUCACCGAGGACAACGAACCUUCGAAAAGCACGCAAAUGCUGGGUAACCUACGGGACCAAGGCCCCUUUUCUGGCCAAGAUAACCCAUGUGCAACCAGACUUGAGUUGCCUCAAAUAUGUGUAGAAGACACAAGGACAGACCCCACGGCUUCAGGAAACAGGACGGUACCAGUGAGAAAGGCCAGUGGCCGUGGCUGGCAGAUCGUGAGGUCAAUCACCAUUGAGCAGCUACGUGGACAUAUACCACAAAGUAGCACGGAGGAGUUGGAGGAGAUACACCACGUGUGACAAAUGCAUGACCUAAGGUGUAAUCACGGCUAGAUGAUGUGGGUCUUUCGGAAUGCCAGAGCU